ACUUACUGUUGACAAACAAGUCGGAUAAUUAAACUCAAGUGAAAUACGGAACGGAAAAUAGAGUUCAAUAACAAUGGCUAUUGAAUUCGACAAGUUGGGAUGGGUUGAUCGUCUGUUGACCCUUUGGAUUGCUCUGGCAGUGGGGCUUGGAAUAGGAUUAUCCUAUAUCCCUGGGGUAUCCGACUUCUUAACGGGUGCAACGGUGGGUGGAGAUACAAACAUAUUCUUGGCCGUUGGUCUGAUUGUGAUGAUGUAUCCACCUUUGAUGCGAGUCGAUUACGGGCGAGUUGGUCAGAUUUUCAAAAACCCUAAAGCUGUGGGAACGUCGAUCUCUUUGAAUUGGAUUAUCGGUCCAUGGUUGAUGACGUUUCUGGGCUUGGCAGUACUACACAGCCAUCCGGAGCUGUUACAAGGACUUGUUCUUAUUGGUAUCGCCCGUUGUAUCGCGAUGGUGUUAAUCUGGUGCGAGCUGGCGGGUGCAGAGAUGGAUCUGGCUGUCACUUUGGUCUUGGUAAAUAGUGUAUUGCAGAUUCUGCUGUAUUCCGUGUACGAAAUGUUGAUCAUUCAGAUCUUUUUGCCGGCCCUGGAUAUCUCUAGCGAUAAUGGAGAGGAUCUCCCAAUAGGAGAGUCAUUCCUGUUGGUAUUGGAGAGCGUUGCAAUUUACCUCGGUAUUCCAUUUGCACUUGGAUUUGGAACCUGGAUAAUUGGGCAAAGGUUCCUGGGGGAAACUAAGUACACAAAAUUUGCAAACACUAUUGGACCGCUAGCACUGUGCUCUCUACUGUUUGUCAUCGUUAUUAUAUUCGCAAUGUCGGGCUCACAGAUGGUAGACGAAAUAACUAGCGUACUGCUGGUCGCCGUACCUUUGAUACUUUACUUCUUGAUUAUGUUUGUUGGGUCGUUCUUGCUGUGCUGGAAGAUGGAUAUGCCUUACGGUAAGACUUCAGCCAUCGCUUUCACGGCGGCGGGCAAUAACUUCGAAUUGGCGCUGGCUUUGGCCAUCGCUCUAUACGGUGCGAACUCAGAACAGGCUUUGGCGGCUGUAGUGGGUCCGUUGAUUGAGAUUCCUGUUAUGUUGAUCCUGGUGUUCAUUUCUCGAUGGCUAGCUGGCUAUUUGGAGUUUAGUGACGAUAACGAGGAGCUUAGACGGCUCUGUGAAGAGAAUGGUUGUGAUUACGAGCAGUGUUUGGCUGACAACAUACAGAAAGAGUGUAAAAAGGAUCAAUGCGAUGUGGUCGAGUGCUUGAAAUCCCGAAAGGUAGUGCCAAGCGAUAUUGCAGGAAGUGAUGUUGCAAUUGUGGACGGUUCUGGUUCUUUCUCUGAUAAGGGCGAUUUGGGUAUCAAAGUUGUGGGAGCGCAAAAUUGAGCAAUCAAUCUCACAGAGACAGCAACGGGAUAUUGUUAUAGUACUAGAAUUCGAAGAGAGAGAUAUCAAGAAGCGAAACAACCAUUCGUGUUAGAAAAACAUCACAAAGAAGCAAGUUAAAUAUAUUUGUGUUUAAAAGAACAAACACCGCGGAAGCUACGCGAUGCAUAGCCUUCUAAAUAAAGCACGAUGUAUUCGAAUGCGACUCGGAAUAAUUGUAAAACCUAUUUUAGAUUCUCGUAUGGUGACCUGAGGCACCCAAUAUUAAUAAAAAAGAAUCAUGUGCAGAAAGCACAUCGACUAUUAGUCCUGAACUAUAAAUUAAUUAACCAUCAAUUUGUACCAUCACAUUGACGACUAGGCAAGCCAGCAGUUGCCGACAGUACACUCUGACUAGAGUGAUAACAUAUAUAUUUAGCAUUGACUUAUAUAUUUGCCACUUGUUUCGUGGUGACUUAGACGGUUUC